AUUGCGUCACGUAUGACGUCAGCGCGUCGUCCGGCCCAAUGUUUACAUCGUGGAGCGGUGUCCCUGAUCCCGACGAAAAUUUAAAGAACAAUACUGACGACUAACCAAACCGAUCGGCAUCACCAUAAGGCGAGAUGGGCGGAGCAGUCAGCGCCGGAGAGGACAACGACGAGUUGAUUGACAACCUGAAGGAGGCCUACUACAUCCGCUCGUGCCUGGUGGAGCGGGCCUUCCGAGCCAUUGACCGCGCCGACUACUACCUGGAUGAGUACCGGGAGAACGCAUACAAGGAUCUAGCAUGGCGGCACGGGAACAUCCACCUGUCGGCUCCAUGCAUCUACUCGGAGGUGAUGGAGGCCCUGGAUCUGUACCCUGGGCUCUCCUUCCUCAACUUGGGCAGUGGGACGGGCUACCUCAGCACCAUGGUGGGCCUGAUACUGGGGCCAUUCGGGGUCAACCACGGGGUGGAGCUCCACGCUGACGUGAUCGAGUACGCCUACCAGAAGCUGGACAACUUCAUCAAAACCAGCGACAGCUUCGACAAGUUUGAGUUCUGCGAGCCGUGCUUCGUGGCGGGGAACUGCCUGGAGAUCCCCCCCCACAGCCGUCAGUACGACCGGGUGUACUGCGGGGCGGGGGUGCAGAAGGAGUACGAGAGCUACAUGAAGAACGUGCUCAAGGUGGGGGGGGUCCUGGUGCUGCCUCUGGAGGAGAAGCUGACCAAGAUCACCCGGACGGGCCCCAACAGCUGGGAGACCAAGAAGAUCAUCUCGGUGUCCUUCGCUCCUCUGGUCCUUCCCAAAUACAACAACAACGGCAAGCCCAAGGCCGUGCCCUUACCCGUGCUGGAGGUCCGCUCCCUGCAGGAGCUGGCCCGCAUCUCCAUCCGCCACGCCCUCCGCGUGACCCGGGACGGGGCGGGGGGCGGGGGGGGGCCGGCGCGCGGCCGCGGCUCCUCCUUCAGCGUGGGCCGGGGCCUGGCGGUGGCCGGACUCCACAAGUACGGGCCCCGCUUCAAGCGGCGCCGCGUCCACCGCCGCCACAGCAACAGCCUGGCGCCCGGCGGGCGGGCGGCGGCGCAGUCGGGCUCCGCCCCCCCCGACGGCAACAACAACAACGCCCACCACCGCCGAGCCAGGGAGCGAGGGGCCACGGAGGAGGAGGACGACGACGACGACCGGGAGGCCCGGCGGCGCCGGAGGGGGGGCCGCAGGGUACUGAGGGGCGCGCCGGAGGAACCCGAGGCAGCCGAGGAGCCGGCCGAGGACGGGGACGAGCCGAGGGCCCGGGGGGAGUCCCUACGGGCCGAGCCCGCCGUCAACGUGCUGAGGGAAAGGAUUCUGGGGCUGCCCCUGCCCGAGCCGCUCAAGAUGUAUCUGCUGUACUACCGGGAGAAGUGAGGCCAGGCGCUCAGCGCACGCACACAGCUAGGGCUCCACUCAGAGGGGGGGGGGGGGGGGG